ACGGGGGUGUCGAAGUUAUGUUCCAGCAGCUUCGCAGUAGGAAUUCUGUGAAAGCUUAGCUACCCCUUUUAACGACGUUGCUGGAGUUCUAUUGCAGCAAGACGCAAUGCGAACGUGGCAAAACGUUUCUUCGAGGGAGUUGCGUCGUCGACGAACCUGGAAAAGUGUUACAUAGCAAAUCAUUCAUUAGCGAACAACACUCAUCGACCAUGUCGUGGUAUUCGGUUAACGUAUCGUGAUAGUAACUAACAUUGGCGAGGGACGAUUUUUUCGUACAGGAGUUACGCUAUCAAAACAAAAAAGAAGGAAAAAAUAAAUAAAUAAAAAAGAAUAAAAAAAAGAAAGAGAAAGAAAUAAUAGAAAGAAAUUCCUUGUCAUACAAUUAUUCUUGUAUAAUAAAGGAAAUUGUUGAAUUGUUUACCCGAACAAGGUUGACCGUAUGUUCCCAUAUGAUCAAUCGUCGCGAUCAUCAUCUCUCGUGAAUUGAAUCGGUUUUUACGUUUACUACUGUAACAAAUUGAAAUGUGUGGAAAGCUAGAAAGUGAUUAAAGAAAAUUUUUUCAUCGUACCGUGCGUGGGUGCAUCGUUCGUCUGCGUACGAGGAAAUUUUAUAUGCCGUGGGCAACGUCGACGUAUAUGAUGAAAUUACAGUUGCUUGUAAUCGAAACGGAUUACUGCUGGAGGAAAGCAUUACUCAGGAUGGUAUUGGACCCCAAGGUCACGAGUCUGCAUAGCGAUUACGGAAGUUUUGAUCGACCAUUGGGUGGUGGGGAGGGUCACGAGAGGGACGUGGAGGCGGCUGUUGAUGGGAGUAGCAGCGGAAUGGCACAAUCGAGUGACGUUUAUCAAAGGCAACCUCUUUUACCUGGUGCACCAACUAAGAGUAAGGACAAGUGGUCGUCCGGGGUGGCUUCCGGCUCGGAUUAUUACGAGGACGACGAGGAGGAAAAAAUCGACGGUCUUGGACGUCAUCCAGGAAUAACGAAUGGACCAGGAAGCGGCGUCGUUAAAAUCGACAUACCGGCGCCGCUUCGCGAGGAGCCACGAUUUCCCAAAGAAAAAUGGAAAACUUUUCUUGCUUUCCUGUUCAUGGUCGUGAACUUCAUACUGACCACGGCCUCACUCGCGAUGGUGCACGAACGUGUUCCAGAUCGAAAUAACUAUGGCCCGUUACCAGACGUUGUUCUGGAUAAUAUUACUGCCCAAGAUUGGGCUCUUAAUGUAUCCGAAGUUCUCAUUAUGAUAAUGUCCAACUCGGCAAUGGUUUUCCUUAUUUUUCACAAACACAGGUUUAUCGUCGUCAGAAGAAUAUUUCUUUUGAUGGGCCUGCUGUACAUGAUGAGGAGCGUUACAAUGUACGUGACCGUUUUGCCGGUCGCAAGUAAAACUUAUUUCUGCAGUCCAAAGGCGAACAACACGAGUCCUCUUCUUGUUACCAAAAGAGUGCUGCAACUUAUAUCCGGUUUUGGUUUGUCGAUAAAUGGCAAACACACUUAUUGCGGAGAUUACAUCUACAGCGGUCACACGGUUGUACUUGUACUUAGUUACCUGAUUAUUAAGGAGUAUUCUCCGAGGAGAUGUCAACCGAUUCACUGGUUAGCAGGUCUUACGGUCUUUGUUGGCAUAGUUAUGGUAUUGGUAGCUCAUGGACAUUAUACGGUGGAUGUUCUUAUAGCAUAUUAUGUAACUACACGUUUAUGGUAUAUAUACCAUACAUUAGCAAAUAAUUCUUAUUUGAAGCAAAACGGACCAAAUAAUUUUCUGGCCCGGCUCUGGUGGUUUUCUAUUUUCAAAUAUUUUGAGAAAAACGUAGGUGGUACAGUGCCACGACAAUACAAUUGGCCUUUGCCUUGGCCUCGGAGAUUUCUUGCCAAGCAUCCUAACCGAGAUAGUUAAUAUCUGCCCAGGCUCCAAGAUAGAGACUGAUAAGUAACGAAAUCCUUCCUGCGUGAUGUGCUGCAUGUAUAUGUAUAUAUGUAUAUUUAAAUAUAUAUAUAUAUAUAUAUAUAUAUAUACAUAUAUGUAUAGAGAGGGG